GACGCGGAUAACGUGGAGCUAGCGGAGCUGCUGGAAGCGCUGAAAUCUGUCCGCCCAGAAUUUGAGAACUUGCUAUCUUUCUCCUCAACACCUAGCUCGGCCACUCAAGCAAAGGGGCCUCCGUCUCCAGGCGGAUCUGUAGAAUCAGAAGGACGCCCGGGUAGUGAGUAUCCUUGUGAGCUAGAUGAGACGGGAGCGACCGCGCAGGAACAGGCGCUUGCUCUGGCUUGGUGCAACUCUUCCCAACCGAAAAAUUACCUGAUGGCUACACUAAAAUGGGUCCUUCAAGAACAGUACGUCCGGGAGAUUCAAGAUCCGCUUGACAAGGCCAGGCUCCCAAUCGAAGUAGUCAACAAACGAUUGGUAGGUGCAAAUAUCAAGGCCAGGGAUUUACUCAUGGGCACCCAUCAACUCACUGACUGA